ACGAUGGUCGGUUAAAUUCCAGCAUCUUUCUUUCGCUUCAUUUCUUUUUCUUUUUUGUCAAGUGGAUGAACUUCAUCAACAAGGUUUUUUCUAAAAAGCAAGCAUAUUUUCAUCUUUCAAUAUACAAGCAGCGAGUUUGGUUGAGCCCAGCACCAAAAGCUUCAAGGUGCUGCAUUAACUGGUACACUCAAACGUUUGAUCAAUAUUUUUAUGAUAUGCAGCUGAAAGGAUUAACUCAACUGGGAUCCACCUGCCUUAUGGUUCAACAAUGAGAGACCUAAGAUGAAUGCAAGUUCAAAGGAAGCAGAUUCUUCUUCUCCCAGACAACAAAGCGACACAAAAGAUGCCAAGCUGAGCAGUCAAGGCCAAUCUAGCUCCUCCCAAUGGUUAGGAUUGAAGGAUCCACGAGUCGUACGCGUUUCGCGUGCCUUUGGGGGAAAGGACAGACACAGUAAAGUGUGCACCAUUAGAGGAUUGAGAGACCGAAGGGUGAGGCUUUCGGUUCCCACAGCUAUUCAAUUGUAUGAUCUUCAAGACAGACUCGGACUUAAUCAGCCAAGCAAGGCAGUCGAUUGGUUGCUGGAUGUAGCGAAACAUGAAAUCGAUGAACUCCCUCCACUCCCAUCGCCUCCACUAGGGAACUUUCCCUUUAACCAUCAAAUGGAAGCAGCUGGUGCUUCCCAGUGCCACAAACAAGGGCUCAAAACCAGUAGCAGUGUUGAUUUGGAAGAUCCUGCAGGUGAGUUAACAAGUUCCAGCUGUUGGAACUCUGAUGCUUUUUGGAGGGCUAAACGCAAAGAAGUUUCAAGGGAAACGACCAAUGAGAAAGAUGAUUGGAACAAAAGAAAUGAAGAGGAAAAGCAACAACAAGGCAUGUUAAGCAAUGCAGUUUCAUAUGUUUCUUACUAUCAUUUUGAACCUCCAAGUUUUCCUUCAUCAAAUUUAGGUACCCAUGGAUUUGCUUCUUCCCACACAGAAGAUCUACAUAAUUUUAAUGUUGCGCCAUUACCAUUUCCAUCCACGUUGUCCCUAUCAUCUGGUUCUCAAAUGCUUGAUCCUAGACAACAAGUUAACCAUUUCCAAAUGCUCAACUCGGCUACUCAAACCUUGUUGCCUAGUUCUCUUAACCCUCCACCACCCUACUCAAUAAGCCAAUCUAUCAGACCCUUCCAUUUGAGCAUUAACAGCAACGGAGGUCAGCCUGAUAAGGAACAUGAGUUUCCUUCUAAAUGACAAGAAAGAAGUAAUAAUCAUUGAGGAGGGAUGAUUAGAAAGAAAGGUACUGUUUGAAUCUAUUUGCAUACUUAAUCUAAAGGCAUUUCUACUUGUAAGUUUUGGUUAUAAGUUAUGGGGGAUAACAAUCAAGUUUUUUGUGUUUUGAUUUCAUUGUUUGUGAUUCAUUGGGUGAUAGGAAAAACCAGAUCUUCAUAUA